CACUUGUGUCAGCUAUCAGCCUGCUGAUAUGCAGGCUAUGGCUUUUAUUAUAUAAAAUAAACAAAGUGUCGUAAAGUAAAAACUGGAAUCAUGACUAUUAAAUUACUUAGUUUGGGAAAUAUUUUAAGUAGGCCAAUAAGCUUACUGUACAAACCAGCGCCUUUGUUUAAUAAUGCCGCUGCUAACCUCAAAAGGAAUCUUGGCACUACAUCAGUUGCUUGUGUAAGUUUCUUCAACAAAUUACCCGCAGAGAAAUUAUGGAAAUCAGUAACUUCAGUAAGUAACCCUGGUGCCAAAAAGGGUCGUGGUAAGGGCACGGGGCGUAUCAGGAUUCGUGAUCUCAAUCGCGGUCAGAUGAUUGGUGUGGGCAAGAUCAACAUGUUGUGGCCUGGUCUGUCUGCCCCUGUCAUUCGCGGCAGAGAACUUUUGAAACAGCAACGCCUGCCAGAUGACCCAGAAAGGAUGGAUAAACUCAUUAAGCUUCGGGAUUCUAUGACUAAGUUCCGUCGCCUAAAGCUUAGCCCUAUUGAGAGAGGUUGGUCCGGCACCCGUAUGCCGGGCAGGAGCAUUGGACCCCCAGACCCAAUUGGUGAAGAUGAAUUUGUCGGUUUUGACACCAAAGUGCUCCAGCUUCGUUCACUACUUAUUAUGAAAGGAAGUCUUGGCCGCACUAGGAACUACCAAGCAAUGGUGGUAACUGGCAACAAGCAAGGACUGGCUGGAUUUGGUUUUGGAAGAUCAAAAGAGGCAUCUGCUGCCAUGAGGAAGGCCAGGAAUCGAGCUGGGCAGAAAUUAAUGCAUUUUGAAAUUUACAACGGACACACAAUCUUCCACGAUUUCUACACAGCAUUUGGUAAGACAAAAAUAUUUGUACAGAAGAAAAAUGAAGGCUACGGGCUUAGUUGCCACAGAGCCAUUAAGGAAAUAUGUCAGGCUAUCGGCAUCAAGGACAUCCGAGCAAAGGUUGAGGGCUCCAACAACUUACAGCACAUUGUAAAGGCUUUCUUCAUUGGGCUACUUCAACAGAGGACACAUCAACAGCUGGCAGAAGAAAAGAAACUUCACCUAGUGGAGUAUCGCCAAGAAAAUGAAUACUACCCUAAAGUGAUAGCAAGUCCUAGUGAAGUGAGGACCAAAGAGGAAAUACGUAAAGACGAAACCUUAGACUUCAUCCAGUAUGUCAUGAAUGAAAAAGUUAUAUUGAGGAAAAAGAAAUUCCCCCGGUUUUACGAGACCAUGCCUCACUACCAAAUAUUCCUGAAGAAAUAUGAGAAGUUUAGGAACCAUGAGAAGAUCAGGAAAAACUUGAAGGUAGAAUAUGGGGAGGUAAAGAGUUUCCUCACUGACAAGUAUCCGGAAGAAAAGACUGAGGAAGCAACUUAGAUUAGUUUUAGGCUGUAAUGUAAUUUAGUGUUCAAUAAAUGUUUAUAGUU